AUGCUCUGCAAAUCUCGUUCCACCUCCAGACAUCCUUCUGCCGUUCCAAAGACCGGGCCCUUCGCAGGCGAAGGCCCCAAGAAUGUCUUCGGGAAUGCAAUGCCCUGUCCCUUCAGACCUUCCGCCCUCCUCCGUUUCAGCCAAAGCAAAACCCUGUACCCCGACUUCCUCCUUCCUCUCUUAACGGACGACGAUGAUUUGGAUCUCUUGUUCCCUGCAUCCGUCUCCCAACCGAUCCAACCCCGACCUCAAGUUCAGAAGGAAGCUGCUAAGCCAUUACCUUCUUCGAGCAUAACCGAAGUAGGCUUGAUCAAGGAGAGUGAGACUGUCGAUGUGUACCGCAUCGCGAGCCGCUCCGGACUUCCCUAUUGUCUUGUCGACAACAAGUUCGGUAGGGCUGAAGAUGCUCUGAAAGCUGUCAUGGCUCGCAUGGCCCAACCUCGCUCCUCGCCCGCGGUCAAACAGGCUAAUCCAGAUCCUCCUCAAGUAUGUGCCCCCCUUAAGGGUGUCAAUAUACCUGAGUGUUCCAGAUCUGGCAACAUCCCCGACGCCGUAGACCCGCCCUCGACAACUGAGGAAGACUGUCCCGAAGUCGAGUCUAUUGAUGCGCCGCUGCCUCCCACCAUCCCCAUCAGCCCUUCUCCUGCCCCUGCUCACGCCAGCAGCAGCAGCAGCAACCUCUCAAAACCUCUCAGUCGACGAAAAGCUUCCUCUUGUCCAGCGAAGCAAAACCCUCGGAAGAGAAGCAAGCUUCACGACGAUGACGAAGAUUUCGUCGACGGGCCUGCGUCCAAGAAGCGGCGUGCACCAGUGGCGAAAACGGGUUCGACCAUACGCGCUCCCGGCACUGGUGUCACUUGCACGUCAUGUGAUAAGUGGUGCAAAAAUCAAGGCGAUAUGGACCGACACAUAAUGCGAGAUGAUCAUGGCAGCGUCAAGUUACCAUGCCUCGUUGAUACGUGCUCCAAGAAGUUCACGCGCGAUGACGCCUUGAAACGGCAUUUGUUAAGGAAGCACCGCUGGACAAACGCAGAGUGGGAGGAGUUCCGUCCCAGGGUCAAGCCUCCCAAGGUUAUCCUCGAGCAUUGA